ACGGGCGAUCCUGAUUGGCUGUAGCUAUGCAGGUCUUUCCUCCCGGCUCCCUCCGAUCGCUCCCUCCCCCACCGCUUUCUCGGCUCUUUCCACACCCCUCCCCCAACUCCCCUGCGCCCCUUCCCGCCCCUCGCAGUCGCCUCCUUUUCCUGGACGCGGAGUUCAGCCCCGGCAGCAGUACAGCAGUAUGGUGAUAAGCCAGCAACAGAUGCUGGGCGCCGAGAUUUGCAUCCUUAGGCCACGCUGAACGCCUGAAGAAGAGAGAAAGAAGCAGAAGAAGGCCGGGAAGGCGAGGACGGGAGGUGCGGAGAUCCCCCCCUAAAAGGCAGAAGCCGCCGCCCCCACCGGAGGGCUCCGCGCGGGCAGAUCGUUUGCCUGCUGCCGCGGGCGCCUACCUCUCCCCAGCCAUGCCAGGUCCGGCCGCCGACGGGGGGAAGGCCCCCUUCGGCAACGCCAAAGGGGAAAUCCGUGCGGGGGUCGGGGUCGAGGACUCGGAGGGCGGCGGCGGCCGGGAGAGGCCCGGCGCGCGCGGGCAGCGGCAGAACAUCGUCUGGAGGAACGUCGUCCUGAUGAGCCUGCUCCACUUGGGGGCCGUGUACUCCCUGGUGCUCAUCCCCAAAGCCCAGCCGCUCACUCUGCUCUGGGCCUACUUCUGCUUCCUCCUGACUGCUCUGGGUGUGACAGCUGGUGCCCAUCGCUUGUGGAGCCACAGGUCCUACAAGGCCAAGCUGCCUCUGAGGAUAUUUCUGGCUGCCGCCAACUCCAUGGCUUUCCAGAACGACAUCUUCGAGUGGUCCAGGGACCACCGAGUCCACCACAAGUACUCGGAGACAGAUGCUGACCCCCACAACGCCCGCCGGGGCUUCUUCUUCUCCCACGUCGGGUGGCUGUUCGUCCGCAAGCAUCGGGAUGUCAUCGAGAAGGGGAGGAGGCUUGACUUCACUGACCUGCUGGCUGAUCCCGUGGUCCGGUUCCAGAGAAAGUACUACAAGAUCACCGUGGUGCUCAUGUGCUUCGUGGUCCCCACGCUGGUGCCCUGGUACAUCUGGGGAGAGAGUCUGUGGAAUUCCUACUUCCUGGCCUCCAUCCUCCGCUACACCAUCUCACUCAACGUCACCUGGCUGGUCAACAGUGCCGCCCACAUGUACGGAAACCGGCCCUAUGACAAGCACAUCAGCCCUCGGCAGAACCCGCUCGUCACCCUGGGCGCCAUUGGUGAAGGCUUCCAUAAUUAUCAUCACACCUUUCCCUUUGACUACUCUGCAAGUGAAUUUGGCUUAAAUUUCAACCCAACCACCUGGUUCAUUGACUUCAUGUGCUGGCUGGGACUGGCCACUGACCGCAAACGGGCCACCAAGCCGAUGAUCGAGGCCCGGAAAGCCAGGACUGGAGACGGCAGCGCCUGACUGUGGGCCCUCCAUCCAUGUCUGCCUGUCGACGACGUGUCGGCUCACGGCCUUUGUUACUACACUUCUCUUGUCCAUUGGCUCGUGGGAGGGGGUCCAGGGUGGGGAGGGAGUGGAAUCUACGUGAUUUGGGAUUUUUUUGUUUGUCUGAAAAUAAUGUCAAGAUACAACUAUCAAUGAGAAGAAUUUUUUAGAAGACAGUGUAACUAUGAUGUAACACUAGAGCGCGGACACGUGAUCUAAUCGCUGUAGUGACAGUAUGUCAAACCUACAUUGUCAUGUGCUUGUGUGUGAUGUUAACCCUGACAGGAUGAAGGAAUUUAAUAUUCUUGCAGGAGAGCAUCUGUUUUCUUUUUCUACCAAUUAACUUAGCAUUAUUUUUAAACACACAAUCUGAAGGAGCAGAGGGCAGGGUAGAACACAAAAAAGAGAGGGUCCAAGUACAAACUAAAGAAUGCUUCUGUUUCAUUAACAUUGUCUGUGUGUUUUUGUUGUUAUUUUUAAGUAAAAAAAUUGAAAACGUUAAAAAAAAAAAAAAAAAGAGGAGAAUAUGGGAACUGGCUCUCUUAUUUUUUUGCCGUUUCCAGCUUGUUAAUGCUGCACUGUCUUUGCUUUAGGAGAUCUGUUCCUGGCUCAGCCGAUUUUGUGUCCUGAGCUGCAUGCUCAGCUGACCCUAUAAAUCAAUGCCUGUUGUAGGUGUUUGAUUUUGUUCUCUUCGUAUUGUCAUUUUAAGGUGUAGAACUCAGAAGUGCUGGACAUCAAAUUAAGCUCAAAUUAAGCUCUCAUUUAAAUGUUUAGACACCUAAUUUAUAUUCUAACUGAUCCCAGCCACUGAUGCAUGAUCUAAGUACAGCUUUACCUACUUCUGCUAAAUAAGCAUAUUAAUUUUCCACAUCAGGCCAGCCAGACCCUAAUAAGCGACAGUUGUCUAGAACUCUGUGUCUACUCAUGUUUCACCUGCAUGCGGCCUUCGUUGAUUUCUCAGCAAGAUAUAAAGUGAUCAUUAUGUAGCUUCUGGAUUAAAAAAAUUUCUGUGUGUUAAGUUGCCUUGUAAAGAGCAUGUCGAAUUAAUGGGACAGCGUGCCCUUCGUGUUAGGUGUUAGAGCAGAAGAAAGCCAUAUAGUGUUGGCAUUCGAGCACUUGGAAGAUAGUGCUUCUAAGAUAGAGAAGCUGUAGGAUUUCAAUUUCGAUUUAAAAUUUUUGAAAAAGGAGUGACGCCAAUAUGAAAUUGUCAUAAUAAAGUUCUUCAUCCAGCA